CCCCCUCAAGAAACCAGGGAACCGAGGUCAAGGGGAGGAGGGGCUGAAGGGUAGAAAUUUACCGGGAAAUGAUUGCAUUUGCGAGCUGUCUUUUUUGUGAUGGUCCCCAUGGUGACAAUUUGUGACGGCAAAGAAUGUGGGAACGGGGCGCUGCCGCCUGAUUGGGAUGCUUUGUAUCUGGAGAGGCGCUCCUGAUUGGCCUGAGGGGCCCCCCAGCUCCGGGGACUCGUCCUCCAUCCAGCCCACUCGAGGGCUGCACGACUGCUUCUCGCCGGACGCGCGGAGCUCGCCGGCCACGCCGGGCCUGGCCCAGGUCUGCCGCGGGGACCCUGCCAGGCCACGUCGGCGGGGGGCCCGGGGCCGGCCCGCACCCUCGGUCAGCUCCGUGCCCUCCUCUGGAGCUGCCAGACACCAGCAGAGCCCACCCUCUUCAUGGAAAGCCCCAUGCCGUGGUCUCCUGGUGAUGGCAUCCGACAGUGACGUGAAGAUGCUGCUGAACUUUGUGAACCUGGCCUCCAGUGACAUCAAGGCGGCCCUGGACAAGUCCGCACCCUGCCGCCGCUCAGUGGACCACCGCAAGUACCUGCAGAAGCAGCUCAAACGCUUCUCCCAGAAGUACUCCCGGCUUCCUCGGGGCCUCCCCGGCAGAGGGGCCGAGCCUCACCUGAAGCGGGGACCCGAGGACCGGCCAGGGAGGCUGCCCCUCGAGUCUGGCCAUGAUUCCAGUCCCGGCGGGGGUGGGGGCUGCAAGGAGAAGGCUCUGGGGAACCCGUACAGGGAGGAAUGUCUCUCUAAGGAGCAGACCUUACAGGGGCCGAAUCCAGAAGCUGCCAGGCCUGGCCAGGUGCCCAUGAGGAAAAGACAGCUGCCCGCUUCCUUCUGGGAAGAGCCUCGGCCCACCCACAGCUACCCCCUGGGCCUGGAGGUGGGGCUGGGCCCCCGGGAGGGACCUCCCUAUGAGGGUAAGAAACACUGCAAAGGUUUGGAGCCCUUGGAUCCCGAGACGGCCCCAGUGCCUGCGUCCCCAAGGGCACCGGCCGAAAAGGAGCCACUCAAGAUGUCUGAAGUCUCCCUGGUGGGCCGUGUCAAUGCCUGGAGCUGCUGCCCUUUCCAGUACCAUGGACAGCCGGUCUACCCAGGCCCUCCAGGGGCCUUGACCCAGAGCCCGGUCCCCGGGCUGAGCCUAUGGAGGAAAAGCCCGGCUUCCCCGGGGGAGCUGGCCCACUUCUGCAAGGAUGUGGAUGGCCCGGGCCAGAAAGUGUACAGACCCGUGGUUCUGAAGCCCAUCCCCACCAAGCCGGCUGUGCCCCCACCCAUCUUCAAUGUCUUUGGCUACCUCUAGCCGGGCUGGGAGGCCCUCGGCUCCCACCCCUGGCCAGUAGGGGUGUGGGGGGCCCCCGGGAGCUCUCGGUGUGAGGAGUGAGCUGGGCAGUGGUGUGGCCUCUUGGGAACCUUCCCUUUGUGUGCGUGGGUGAGAGGGGAGGACAGGAUCGGGCCAGGGCCUUCUCCCAGAGGUGCCAAGUCAGCCCUUGGGGCCUUGGGAGCUCCGCCGGCCCCUCUCCAGCCAGACCGGAGCCGGAGCGAGCAUCCACUGUCCUGUGCCGGUCUUGGGUGGUGGGGCUCUGCCUUGGCCUCCAGCCCCUCCAGAAGCCAGAGCUACACAUCUGUUCACCUGCCACCCACUAUGUGAGCCAAUCUCAGUUCUGUUCCUUUUUUGGGUUGUUGGUUUCUUUUUUUUUUUUUUCGG